CAACAAGCACAUCCGCCAUGGCUCCAGAGGGCCGUGAACAAAUGUCCAAUGCGGAGCUGGAAUCCUUCCGUCAGCAAUGGAUCUCCGAUUUGCAGUCGCGAAAAGAGAGUGUAGGCUCAGCAUCCCAUGAGGCCGGGGCGGCUUCGUCUUCAUCUUCUGCCGCCAUCCCGCCUAGUACCACUGCAAGGCCGAGAAAGCACACGGGCCCUUCAAGUCCGACAAUCGCCAAGAAGACCCUACCAGCCCUUGAAGAUGACGAAUACUAUCUCCACGGCCAGACUUUUGAUACCCUUCCUCCGCCGUCCUCCGGAGGGCAUCUGCUUUCAGAUGCUCCUGGCAAGCAUGAUGAGAAGCCGCUGGUUUCGGCCUUGGAUCAUUAUGAGAAAGCCAUGGAGAAGGAGGCGCAGGGCAACAUGGGAGAGAGUCUACGUCUUUAUAGACAGGCUUAUCGACUAGACCAUCGAGUAGACAUGGCAUAUCGUGAGAAGCAUUUCCCAAAGGGUUUCGCGUCCACCAAGGGCACAAGCACAAGCACAGGCGCAGGCGCCGGCACUGCUUCGGAAGAACCCCAGCCACUAACUUGGGAGGAGCUUAUCGAAAGCUUCCAAGGCUUGAAGAUCGAAGCCGCGCCUCCCAUCAUCGAGAACACGCCGCCACCUCCCUGCCACAUCGCCAAGCUGCCGGAUGAACUGCUCGUGCACAUUCUCAGUGACGUUGCGGUGGCCGACGUCGGCGACUUUGCCCGCCUGAGCCUCGUGUGCAAGCACUUCGCCUACCUCGUCGCGACCGAGCAGCGCAUCUGGAAGCGCGUCUGCCUCGGCACCGAGUUCGGCUUCACUGCGAUGCCGCGCCACUGGCAGAAGACGGUCGAGUGGGGAGACCUCGAGGACCAGGAAGAGGCGGACGGGGACGGCCUGCUGGUCAGCAUGCGGGAGCUCGAGGAGCGCCGCCGCGCCGACGCCCUCGCCCUCACGACGUCGCUCGUCGACUCGGGCGUGUACCUGUCGUGGAAGCACAUGUUCCGCACGCGCCCGCGCAUCCGCUUCAACGGCUGCUACAUCAGCACCGUCAACUACAUCCGCACGGGUCAGGCCACCAACCAGGCCGUCUGGGGCGGCAAUCCCGUCCUCAUCGUCACCUACUACCGCUACCUGCGCUUCUUCCGCGACGGCACCGCCAUCAGCCUCCUCACCACCACGUCCCCCGCCGACGUCGUCCACCACCUCACGCCCGAGCUGCUCCGGCUGCACCGCGAGGCGCCCAACGCGCACCUCCCCUCCGCCGUCAUGCACCAGGCCCUCAAGGGCCGCUGGCGCCAGUCCUCGGCACUCGACCACCCCGACAGCGCCGACCCUCGCGAGCAGGAGUCGGACCUGUACGUCGAGACGGAGGGCGUCGGUCCAAAGUACAUGUACCGCAUGGAUCUGUCGCUGCGCAGCGCAGGCAAGGGCACCAGGAACAACAAGAUUGUCUGGAGGAGCUUCUGCAGCCACAACAAGCUGACGGGCGACUGGGCCGAGUUCCAGCUCAAGAACGACAAGCCCUUUUUCUUUAGCCGGGUCAAGAGUUACGGCGUAGGCGAGGCGGUGUGA